CCCGCCCUCAUCUCCGGAGCGGAAGCUCCCAUUUCUGUCUCUCCUAUUGGACACGCUGCCUAAGCCUCAGAAAUUAAAACCAAUGGGAAUCGCUCAGUAACUACACCCUCAGCCAAUGGGCCCAGGGAGCGUAAUAUGAAAGGCCUGGCCAGCGGCCCUCGGAAUUUCCUCCAACUCAGCGUGUCCUGGUCUGGUAAGUUACUCAGGACCCCCCCAGACGGUGCCUGAGGCCGCCGCGGAAGCAGAUCGAGACUGGAAGAACCUCAGCCUGAGUGUUACCUCCUGCCACCGCUCUUUAGGAUUACCCGGACCUGCACACCCAGUUCCACAGGGCGCAGGAAGGCGACUUUUCGUCACCAUCUCUUCUCAUGAGUCACUCACAAGCUAUGGUGAAGUCCGACAGUGCUCAGCCCACGGCAGUUGCAGAAGGCCAAACUCUCCCCGGCGUGCCCACGACGCGGCAACUCACAAUUGAUGACUUUGAAAUCGGGCGUCCUCUGGGCAAGGGAAAAUUUGGGAAUGUGUACCUGGCUCGGCUCAAGGAAAGCCAUUUCAUUGUGGCCUUGAAAGUCCUCUUCAAGUCCCAGAUAGAGAAGGAAGGAAUGGAACAUCAGCUACGCAGAGAAAUUGAAAUCCAGUCGCAUCUACAACAUCCCAAUAUCCUUCGCCUGUACAACUACUUCCAUGAUGCGCGCCGUGUGUACCUGAUUCUAGAAUAUGCUCCAAGGGGUGAGCUUUACCGGGAGCUGCAAAAGAGCCAGACAUUAGAUGAGCAGCGUACAGCCACGAUAAUGGAAGAGUUGGCAGAUGCUCUGACCUACUGCCAUGAGAAUAAGGUGAUUCACAGGGAUAUUAAGCCAGAAAACCUGCUGCUGGGAUUCAGGGGCGAGGUGAAGAUUGCAGACUUUGGCUGGUCUGUGCAUACCCCCUCUCUGAGAAGAAAUACAAUGUGCGGGACUCUGGACUACUUGCCCCCAGAAAUGAUUGAGGGGAGAACAUACAAUGAGAAGGUGGAUCUGUGGUGCAUUGGGGUGCUCUGCUAUGAGCUGCUGGUGGGAAGUCCACCCUUUGAGAGCACUUCCCACUCUGAGACCUGCAGACGCAUCCUCAAGGUUGAUGUAAGAUUUCCUCCAUCAUUCCCUUUGGGGGCCCAGAACUUGAUCAGCAAACUCCUCAGAUACCAGCCCUUGGAGCGGCUGCCUUUGGCCCAGAUCCUGCAGCAUCCCUGGGUUCAGGCCCACUCUCGGAGAGUGCUGCCUCCAUCUGCUCACAUGGCUUCCUGAACCCUGUCCACCCCUGUUCCUUUGUGUUUGUUCAGGGAGCUCUCCUGGCUUUGCUAUCUCAUCUGCCUUUUGUUUCUUCUCUUUUAAAAUAUAAGAUGCUAAUUAAUAAAAGCCGAAUCAUUUUGUACCA